CCAUGUUGGAUAAGGUGAAUGUUAUCCAUGUCACUAAUUUCAACACAACACAUUUAUAAGUGACUGUAUACUGUUAGAAUGUAGUAAAAGGAUGUUGAAAACCGUCAUUACGACAAAGAACCUCUUUAUUGCAAUGACGAAAAGAAUAGAUGGAACUAACAGUAGGCCAGGCCAGUCAACAUGUUUUGAGGCCACGAAACCAUUCCCAGAUGAUGUUAGUGUGGCAAAAGGUUUCAUUGAACCAAAAAACUACUUAGAGUAAUUUGGCAUGCUUAAAAUUAGCAAUUUAAAAUACAAAUUUAAAUUUUAAAACAAUCAAUGAAUAAUAAUAACAAUCAUAAUAACAAUUCCAAAUAUCAAAACUAUUAAUACAUUUAUUAAGUAUGCCUCAAACAAAGGAACUAAUUAGACAGAUGAUGUUUAAAAAGGUGAGUUUUAAAUGCUUUUUACAUGAACCAAAUCACUGGAAUGGACUAAUUAGGACAGAUGAUGUUUAAAAAGGUGAGUUUUAAAUGCUUUUUACAUGAACCAAGGCUGUCAUUGGAAUGGACAGCACUUGAUCAUUCCACCUCGGUACUCCAAAUGAAAAGUCUUGACUGCGAUUUCUUGCUGCAGAGAGAAGGCAAAGACAACAGAUGCUCAUCAGAGGAGCAAAGCUGUAGAGAAGGUAAGAAGUGCUAAGUUAUGGCAUUUUAAAAAGCUGGAUCUGAUUCGUGGCUGUCUUAUAGGUGAUAUAUAUACCUAUAUAAGAGUGAGGGACUUACAUUUACAUUUACAUUCUAGCAGCUACAGGGAGCCUAUAAAGGGUGACCAGCAGAGGAUAUGUCAACAGCUUGCGGUUUCAUGAGAUAAAGUAAACUAAACUAUCUCUGAAAUUUGUGUUGGCAAUAAGCCUUUAGCAUACACAGCCAGCAGUAAAUAGACAGAUAGAUAUGAGCUGAAAACUCUUGUUGAACUAUGACUAAACAGGUACAUGUGAAAUAAGAAAUAUGACAAAUCUCCACGAUAAGUACCAUACUUGAAAUAAACAAGUUAUGUUCCAAUAACAUAAAUGAAAAAAAUUAAUUUCGGUCUCUGCAUGAUGCCAGUUCAAGGUGUCUAUUGGUAUAAAAAUAAAGUCUUACUGCAGACUCUUCCAUACUCUCUGGUAAUUUUGAGAUAACAGAUGACAAAGGUUUUUUUUGUCAUUCAAGUAUCUAUACAACAAACAAAAUAAACAUGUAUGUACAGCACAUGUUAACAUUAGGCAACAUCAUGGCUGGCAAUAUGGAGCACUUUUGGCAUUUUUCACUGUGCCACCAGAUCUCUUCAGUCUGUCACUGAAGAUGUCACUGAUGUGCUGUAACUACUGAAUAGUUUGAAAUACUUUGACCCCCUAACCAAUAGUCUCUUCUCUUUCCACAGAUGUGGCUUUGUCACACAGCCACCGUAAGAUACUGUCAAGUGUGACACUUCACUGGUCAACAUUGCAUUUACAUUUUAGUGGAGGUUUUAUGAUAUCUUCCGUUGUGGACGACAAUGGAAGUGUUCAUCGUUAUCAGCACUUUUGCUCUGUGUGGUUGAACCUGCAAAUAUGCUGUUACUGACACCAGGAGCCCGUGGAGGGAACUAUUGGCAUAUGCAACUGGCUUUUAAUAUGUAUUUGGGCCACCAUGAAGACACAGCUCUUUCUUCCCCUGUUCUUCUCUUGUUCCACCUGGGUUCUGCACAACCAGCUGGUUUUAGCAGGCACAGUGAACCUGAAGACCUGGACUCUGAACCUCAAGCAUCCUGCAUCUCUGUGGCCUCAACCCCAAAACCCCAGGCUAAGUCCUGCAUCAUGGACAUUUGGACCUAGUAGAACUAAACCUGAUGGCUGUGAGAGACAGGAGACAAUUCAUAACCUUGGCUUCUGUGUUCACGCAAGACAUGUGCCAUUGCAGAACUCUCCAGGUUGUCAGAGUGAUUCUACCAACAAUAUUCCCCUCCACAAUGACAUCUUUAACUCUAAAGAAGGUUCCUUUACAGUCAAUUUGACAAUUAAGUAUGACUAUACAACCAAAUUCGACCAUCAGAACAUUGUGGUUCUAGAACCUGACCAGGUAGUAAUGGAGGCUGCCCACUUCCUCUUCAACAAACACCCAAUAGAAUCAACUUUACUGAACUACCACAAGGGGUCACUGCAGGCCAUUAGGGGCCCUGUGGUGAGACUGACUGGAAGGAGCCACGUGGUGAUGGUGGGUCAUGGCAUCAGGGGUCACGAUGAUGCAGUCCAACUGGGUGGUCAUGGUCCUGAAGAGAUUGCGAAGCUAGUUGCAAGCAUGAACCUGGAGGAUGGACGCAUCCGCAUGAUCAGCAUCGUGGGUUGCUACCUGGGGAAGGAGCUGCGGUUUGCCAAGCAUCUGCUGCAGACGCUGAGGCUCCUUGGUGUAGAGACUGAAUUGUACCUUUUCACGUCGGCAGUGUCUGUGACUCCGACGGGCGAGCAGUUAACUGUGGAGGAACGCGUGUGGAGACACAAAGACAGCAGCAAGACUAUCUUCGCUAAAUUGGAUCUUAGAGGAAACCUGUUGACCAGGCAGGAAGGAGAUACCAGAGGACAGGUGGUUCCCAACUACCGAGGGCAUUCACUGUACCUGAGUUACCUGGAGUGGCCAACAGAGCCUCAGAUGUUUGUCCCCGCAGAGUUCCGCAAGAAGUAUACCUACAUCGAGUGUCUUGAGGGGCUCACCUGGAGUCUUUUUUAUGAGGAGCACGGGAAUAGGCGUGCUCAAGAUUUCACCCCUGGGAGCCUCGAGGCAGUAUGGGUGAAUGACACGCUAGCACCGGCCACCACCGAUUUUACCAUCAAACACAUCAACACCAUAUUAGAUCUCGUCUGUGAAAUCAGGUUCAACGCCAUGGAGGAUGUGAAUGAGAGUGUGUACUACGUGCUGAAUAACUACAUCUACAAAUUGCACCGGAGGACUCUGCACACUGCAUUGGUAGGAAUAUUCACCAACCCUAAAGAAAAGAAUAAAGUCCAGAAAUUUCUCACUGCUUUCGAGGUGCAAAAGGAAAGCUACACAUUACAGGAACUGAGACAGGGUCUUGUGGCCUCUCAAUUCGUCACAUUCUGCCGCCAGACCUUCCAGCUACGCCACUGUGAGCGAAACUGCGACCUCUGGGGGCGCUACUUCAUGACGGCAGUUUUCUCCGCCUCGGUGCGCAACUUCCGCACCUUCUCUCUCUUCCUUGUGACGACCAUCGCGUGUGAGGUCAGCCGCUCCCAGGGUUCGGAUGAAGAUUCCAUCUGCUCCGCGUUUGUUGGGGACGACUACCCGAUGGGGGCCAACGGGCCUGAGCUGAGUCACCGGGGCUUCUACGGAGGCACAGUCACGGACGCUGCCACAGUCAGGGACGCUGGCACCGACAAGAGGGACAAGCUGAAAUGGCUGGACGAGAUGGUGGCCAAGGAAAACAGCCUGUACAAACGGUCCACAGCGCUGAUGUCUGACAUCGACCAUGACCAGGACACGGAGCUUGACAUAUUUGCCAAAGUCAAAGUCAUGAAUAGUUACGUGUUUUCCUCGUUCAUUGAGUUUUUCCGUGGGACAGAGGAGGGAAGGAGGCUGAAAAGGGGUUGCAUCAGUGCCCCUAACUACGAUAAAACAAAAGAGUCUUCCAGGUUCUAAUUGUUUUAAAUGUAAAAAAUGUAUGCUGGAGACAUAGGCAAUAAUAAAGUUCCAUUUCAUCUUGGUCACAAGUGAACUUUGAUCUUUGAACAUGAAUAGGUGGCAGAAGAAAAUUUGCCAAAUGUAAUCUCUUUGUACUGAAAUGCAUCUUUAAAUAA